CCACUGACCACCUGAAGUGAAGCAUUCCGCCAACCUGUGCGCCACUCUAGCGGGGGGAUAACCGGAAAGAUCUAACCCGCCAACCUGCCCGUAUCAGCAUUCUACCAACAACAUGCAGUCCAACAUUCGCUAUUUGGUGAACGUUGCCGUCAAGGGCAACGCAAGCCUUCGAAAUCAUGGUGCAGUGCUAGGAGCGCUUUACGGCCGAUACUACUCGACGACACACGAUGCCGACCUAGUGGUUAUCGGCUCUGGACCGGGUGGAUAUGUUGCCUCCAUCAAAGCCGCACAGCUCGGUAUGAAGACCGUGUGCAUCGAAAAGAAUGACACACUCGGCGGAACCUGUCUGAAUGUGGGCUGCAUCCCUUCGAAAGCUCUGCUAAACAAUUCGCACUACUACCACAUGGCUCACUCGGGCGAUCUUGCCGCGCGCGGUAUUGUCGUCGAGAAUGUGCGCCUCGAUCUGAGCAAACUGAUGGACCAAAAGUCGAAAGCGGUCAAAUCGCUUACCGGUGGUAUUGCGCAGCUCUUUAAGAAGAACAAAGUGACACACAUCAACGGUUUCGGCACGAUUACCGGCCCUAACACGGUGGUCGCUAAGAAAGUGGACGGCGGUGAGGAAACGGUCAACACGAAGAACAUCCUGAUCGCAACCGGCUCGGAAGUGACCCCAUUCCCGGGCAUUGAAGUGGACGAGGAAACAAUCGUCUCAUCGACGGGUGCACUUAAGCUAAAGGAAGUACCGCGACGACUUGGUCUCAUCGGUGCCGGUGUGAUUGGGCUGGAGUUGGGUUCGGUUUGGGGCCGACUCGGGGCGGAAGUGACCGCUAUCGAAUUUCUCAACACGAUCGGUGGUGUCGGUAUCGAUCAGGAGGUGUCGAAGAACUUCCAAAAAAUUCUCACCAAGCAGGGCAUGAAGUUUAUGCUGGGCACGAAGGUGAUCAGUGCGUCGAAGGGUGGUAGCGGUGUGACCGUAACGGUCGAGAACGUGAAGGAUGGUUCGCAGCAAAAUCUGGAGUUUGACGUGCUGCUGGUGUGUGUUGGCCGUCGUCCGUAUACGGAGGGACUGGGACUGGAGAACGUCGGUAUUGUGAAGGAUGAUCGAGGCCGUGUGCCGGUUAACAGCCAGUUCCAGACGAUUGUGCCGAGCGUGUACGCGAUCGGCGAUUGUAUCCAUGGACCUAUGUUGGCGCACAAGGCUGAGGAUGAGGGUAUUGUUGCGGUUGAGGGUAUGCUCGGUGGCCACGUGCACAUUGACUACAACUGUGUGCCAAGCGUAGUGUACACGCAUCCGGAGGUGGCCUGGGUGGGCAAGAACGAGGAGGAACUGAAGGCGGAAGGUGUGGCGUACAAUGUCGGCAAGUUCCCGUUCGCGGCAAACUCCCGUGCCAAGACGAACAACGAUACGGAUGGAUUCGUGAAGGUGCUGGCCGAUAAGCAGACGGAUCGUGUGCUUGGUGUGCAUAUCAUUGGACCGGCCGCUGGUGAGCUGAUCAACGAGUCUGUCCUAGCCAUGGAAUACGGUGCGUCGGCGGAGGAUGUUGCUCGCGUUUGCCAUGCCCAUCCGACCUGUGCGGAAGCUCUUCGAGAAGCCCAUACGGCCGCCAGCUUUGGCAAGCCGAUUAACUUUUAAUUUGUAAAAAAAAAGAAAGCAUAACACAACCACUACCAACAACCAGCACCAC